AUGUGCACUCUGGUCAAACAUCCUGAAUAAAGACGACAAGGGUCCAGAACUUGUCGAAUUAGGAGGGGCAGACGCCCGUUUUCAAAUUAUAAUUUUGUUUUAAAUCUAGAAUUUAAUCAAUCAGUCAGCGUUAACCUUGCACUUCCCAACAUGUUUUUUUUAGCUGGCGAAAAUGUCAUUGGUUCGUCCGGUUCGACGCGGGGACAUUCCUGAUCGCAACACCGCUCAUCAUAUUCAUCAUUCUCGGUACCGUACUGCCUGUUACCAUAGCAUCAUCCACUCUAGAACCAACAUCCGAACCCCUGUCCGAGGCUACCGGUCCGCCCGAGAUUGACCCGACGGCCCUAGCCGAAGAGACGACAGCCGAACCAGACGAUGAACCCCGGUCGUAUGCUGAGGCAGGCGGCACACCAAACGCCGCAGAGAUCAUCAUCCCGCCAUUUAUUCUUAUGCUUAUCAUUGUUAUUGGUCUGUCUGUGCUCAUGAUAAAGGCGCAGUUAAUGAGAAACCGUUAUGAAGUAAGAAAGCUGACGGAGGACUAUUUCAUGCAGCCUAGUCUCAGGGACUUGGCAUCAUCAUUCGGGGGCGCCGAAAUGGCGGGCCUACAGGAGAUGAGGGAGGCCGCUACACAUGCAUUUCUGAGCCUAUCUGACAUUGACACGAUUCACAGCAUGGAGCUGUUUUUCAACCGACCCCUCCCCCUAUGCCGUAUCGCCCUUCCAGCUCUUCUCUCCCUAGCCUUCUGUCCUCUGGUACUCUUCGUCUAUCCCGCAGUGGCUCGGUUCUUCUGGCCUCCUGAUCAAUUCCCCGAGGGAACACCAGUCAUCAACGACGCUAUCGUUUGUUUUCUGAUACCUGCUGGUCUGGUUUAUGCAACAUCUUUCGGAUUCUCCUACCAAUCGGCUAUGGAGAAACAGCGUUCUCUCAUCAGCAUCGUCUCAGGCGAGGUCUCGAAACUCGACCAGAUUAUCGUCAUGACGUCACAUAUGACGUAUAUCACUCUGAAAGAGAAAGCGAUGAUCUAUGGGUAUGUGAAAGAUGAAGCCAUCACUAUAAUUCGUCAGAUUCAAGGUGUUUGUAAAGGAAGCACAGAUAACUACAAGGGUGCUAUCUGCAGUGGACAAAUCUGGAGGAUUGUCCCUAUCUUGCGAAAUUCUGGAGCCAGACAAGAGAAAUGGCACUUGGACAGGCACAUCCUGGAUAGUUUGAUGGACCACGUGGUCGGUCUAAACUCUGAUUCGGCUGUGAGAUAUGAGGUGAUGAUGACCAGGAUUCAUCCUCUUAAAUGGCUCUUCCUGGAAGCACUCGGUUUCUUCGCUUUCUUUGGUGUCCUACUCCUAGACGCGUCAUCCUAUCGCAUGGAGCUAGCGAUGUGUAUCAUGACUGUAUUCAGUAUAACUAUCCUCUGCUAUGUGGUCGCAGAUCUAGACUCUCCAUUUAAUGGAUUCUUCAGGGUGAACCUCUCGGCCCUACCCGACAUCGUCGACAAGGCAAGCGUCUUUUACGAACACGCGAUGGAAGGCAAACACGUUGACGGGCCAGCAGACCCCGGUCCGGCUGAGCAUUCCAUCAACGAAGACGAGAACGUCAAGAAAACCAGCUCGCACAGCAUCAAUGAAGUCGUCAUUGCAUCGUACGAUGCUGAGAAUACUGUCUGA